AUGGCAUGGACUAUUGAUGUUUUUUUUGAAGCAAUUUGUUUUUACUUCGGUGUCCUAAGAGCCGAAGAAGAAGAGCAUUGGAAUGUUUCAACUAAUCCUUGCAAUGUGCGCGCUACAGAUGUCAUGACAGCGGUGUACGGGUUUAGUAGCGUAAUGAGCAAGGUCUUGGGCCGGCUCAACAAGGACGACGUGGUAUUCAGAGGACGCAUUGCAGCUGUGGAGAUUGAGAGCCAUAGAGAACGGAUUCCAAGCUCCGCUCAUGUAGUAGUUCCGGGUUACGAAAGGAGUGGAUACAAGCGACGGCGCACUUUGUGGAAAUCACUCAAUGGAGAUGGCAAGACCCUGCACCUGCAGGGCAACAAGGCAGAUAGCAAAACUUUUGCCUCAGGGUCUAAGACAUGGGACUUUUGUGGCACAGCCUCCCGGGAACGCGUCAAGAGGCAAGAGACGACAAGCAACGAGCGCGAUGAGCAGGGUCGCUGUGCGGGACAAGAAGCCGCAGCGGGAGCAGGCAUUUGCAUUGGACAAGACAGCACGGUUGAGAUCUUCUGGCAUAUGGAUGUAGAUUGUUACUUCGCGCAGUUUCAGGCCAUGUGGACGUCAAAGAGCACAGACCGGGUUUAG